UGGGUACAGGAGAACAUCGCCGCUUUUGGCGGAAACCCCGCCGAUGUGACCAUCUUUGGCGAGAGUGCCGGCUCCAUUUCAGUGGGCGCUCUAGUGCUCUCCCCGCUCGCUAAAGGUCUCUUCCACCGGGCCAUUCUGCAGUCGGGCGCCCCGACGGCCAAGCUGGUCGCCGAGUCUAUCAGCCACUCGCUGGAAAAGACAAAGAUCACCGCCCGAAAGGUCAACUGUACAGUGGACAGCCAUUUAACAGAGACGAUGAACUGUCUGGCGAAGAAGAGCGUCAAGGACUUGAAGGCGGCUCAGGUGGGCGACUUUCUGGCGAACACCUUCUACGUGCCAGUGUACGGCGAUGAGGUGCUUCCGCUGAAGCCGGAGAUUGCCCUCAAGGAGGGCAAGUUUAAUCACGUGGACAUUAUUUACGGCGUUACUCGCAAUGAAGGCUCGGCUUUUGCCGCCGCCGUCCUCCCAAACAUGAUCACCCCGCACUUCAACUACACACUGGAGUCUGCACAGGCGGACAUCAUCAAGAUGAUGACCUACUACCAGGAGGAGGAAAGGGUGGCCAAGGAGGUGGCCGAUUUUUAUCUGAAAAAGCUGCGCCUCGAGGCCCAUAUCCAUGCUAUCAGCCAGAAUGAGUUCCGUCGGGUGCUGGGCGACGUUUGGGGCGACUAUCAGCUGGUCUGUCCCACCAUACUCUACGCGGAAGAGGUGGCCAAGCACCAGGGAGCUGAAAAGAGGAAUCUGUUUGCGUAUCGUCUGAUGCAGGACGCCGUCCUCCCCGGCGUCAGCCCCACGCCAUCCUGGAUGGGCGUCACCCACGGCCAGGACAUGUUCUAUCUCUUUCUGACGCAGCUGACCAAGCAGGGCAGUCCACUGCGCCAGCUGAGCGAGCAGAUGAUCCACGCGUGGACCUCUUUUGCCAAGACGGGCAGUCCGGCAAAGCUGGGCAGUGGCGGCCACAGUGUGGCCUGGGAAAAGGCAGUCAAAGGUGGAGACAACUUUAACACUAGGUACAUGCACCUCGAGGCCAGUUUCUACCACAUGGUCGACGACUACUGGAAGAACAUCUGUGACAGCUUCUGGAAGCCGAAGAUGUUCUCGUCUCAGUAG